AUGGAAGAUAAUCCUGCUUCAAGUCUCAUGGAAGGGAAGGUUGUUGGGAUCCGAUUCAGUAUGGCUACACGCCAUGAAAUUAGUACUGCCUCAAUUAGUGAUUCCCAAAUUAGCCAUUCUAGCCAGCUGGGAAAUCCAUUCCUUGGGCUUCCACUUGAGUUUGGGCGAUGUGAAUCUUGUGGCACUUCUGAAGUAGGGAAAUGCGAAGGCCACUUUGGAUAUAUUGAACUUCCAGUUCCAAUAUACCAUCCUAGUCAUGUUACUGAGUUGAAGCGAAUACUGAGCUUGGUCUGCUUAAACUGCUUAAAACUGAAGAAAAUAAAGAUUCCUUCUUCAGGCAGUGGUUUUGCACAGAGAGUAGUGGCUCCUUGUUGUGAGGACAAUAAUGCCGCCACACAAGUAUCUAUUCGGGAGAUCAAAACAGCUGAUGGGGCUUGUUACUUGGUACUGAAGGUGCCGAAGUCAAAGAUGAGUGACGGUUUUUGGAGUUUUUUAGAAAAAUAUGGUUAUCGCUAUGAGGGCGAUCUUACUCGAGCUUUGCUUCCUUGUGAGGCAAUGGAAAUUAUCAAGAGAAUGCCUCGAGAAACCAAAAAGAAACUUGCUGGAAAAGGAUAUUUUCCUCAAGAUGGAUAUAUUUUGAAAUACCUUCCGGUACCACCAAAUUGCUUGUCUGUGCCAGUAGUAUCAGAUGGUGUCAGUAUCAUGUCUUCGGAUCCUGCUAUGACAGUUCUUAGAAAAUUGCUUAGGAAGGUCGAGGUCAUCAGAAGUUCUAGAUCCGGUGAACCAAACUUUGAGUCUCAUCUAGUGGAAGCUAACGACUUGCAAUCCGUGGUCGAUCAGUAUCUUCAAAUCAGGGGUACUUCUAAGGCAGCACGCGAUAUAGAAACGCAUUAUGCGGUCAAUAAAGAGCUGAAUGAGUCUUCAACAAAAGCAUGGUUAGAAAAAAUGAGGACUUUAUUCAUAAGAAAGGGUUCAGGGUUUUCUUCCAGGAAUGUGAUAACUGGAGAUGGCUAUAAAAAAAUAAAUGAAGUAGGAAUUCCGCUUGAGGUUGCCCAAAGGAUAACAUUUGAGGAGAGAGUAAGCAUCCAUAACAUCCAUUAUUUACAAAAGUUGGUUGAUGAAAAUUUGUGCUUGACAUAUAAGGAAGGUUUGUCAACUUACUCACUAAGGGAGGGCUCAAAGGGGCACACUUAUCUUAAACCUGGUCAGAUAGUGCAUCGGAGGAUUAUGGAUGGGGAUGUUGUCUUCAUCAACAGACCACCUACGACUCACAAACACUCAUUGCAAGCGCUUGUCGUCUACAUCCAUGAUGACCACACUGUCAAAAUAAAUCCUCUAAUAUGUGGACCCCUUGGAGCUGAUUUUGAUGGCGACUGUGUCCAUCUCUUUUAUCCCCAGUCACUUGCUGCUAAAGCUGAGGUUUUGGAGCUUUUCUCUGUAGAGAAACAGCUUCUUAGCUCUCAUAGUGGUAAUCUGAACCUUCAGUUAUCUGCAGAUUCAUUAUUGUCACUCAAGAUGCUUGUCAAGAGUUGUUUCUGGGAUAAAGCCACAGCAAAUCAAAUGGCAAUGUUUCUAUCACUGCCUUUGCCAAUGCCUGCUUUGCUUAAUGCCGGUUCUGGUGAUUCUUAUUGGACAUCUAUUCAAAUGUUGCAGUGUGCUUUGCCUUUCUCGUUUGACUGUACCGGAGGGCGAUACUUGAUUAAGCAGAGGGAAAUCUUAGAAUUUGAUUUUACUAGAGAUGUUUUGCCUUCAAUUAUAAAUGAAAUAGCAGCCUCAAUUUUUUUUAGCAAGGGUUCUCCGGAGGCACUGAAUUUCUUUGAUGUGAUCCAGCCCUUUCUGAUGGAAAACAUAUUUGCCUAUGGAUUUAGUGUUGGGUUACAAGACUUGUCGAUAUCCAGGGCUGUGAAAAGAGUUAUUAGUAGAAGUAUUGGGAAAGUUUCUCCUUUGUUGCAUCAGCUGAGGGUCAUAUACAAAGAGCUAGUGGCUCAACAAUUGGAGAAACACCUUCAAGAUAUUGAACUUCCCGUCAUAAAUUUUGCUUUGAAGUCCACCAAACUUGGAGAUUUGAUUGACUCAAAGAGUAAGUCGGCUGUUGACAAGGUGGUUCAACAGAUUGGCUUUUUAGGCCAACAGCUCUUCGAGAGAGGAAGGUUUUAUUCCAAGGGAUUGGUUGAGGAUGUGGCUUCCCAUUUUCACGUGAAGUGUUUCUAUGAUGGAGAUGGUUAUCCCUCUGCAGAGUUUGGGCUGCUCAAGGGAUGCUUCUUUCAUGGUUUAGAUCCAUAUGAAGAGUUUGUGCAUUCAAUUGCAACUAGAGAAAUAAUUGAUCGCUCUUCUAGAGGAUUAUCUGAACCAGGAACACUAUUUAAGAAUUUGAUGGCCAUUCUCCGAGAUGUGGUCAUUUGCUAUGAUGGAACUGUGAGAAAUGUAUGCAGUAAUUCCAUCAUCCAGUUUGAAUAUGGCAUUCAGUCUGGAGAGGCAGCCCAGCACUUGUUCCCUGCCGGUGAGCCAGUAGGCGUUUUAGCUGCAACUUCAAUGUCAAACCCUGCUUAUAAAGCAGUCCUUGAUGCUAGUCCUAGUAGCAACUCUUCGUGGGAGUUUAUGAAGGAAAUACUUGUUUGCAAGGUGAACUUUAAGAAUGAACCAAAUGAUCGUCGCCUAAUUUUAUACUUGAAUGAUUGUGAUUGUGGGAGGAGUUAUUGUCGUGAAAAUGCUGCAUAUCUGGUUAAAAAUCAGUUGAGAAAAGUAAGCCUCAAAGAUGCAGCCCUGGAUUUCAUUGUUGAAUACCAGCAACAGCGAAGACGCAGUGAAAUUCCUGAAGAUGCAGGCCUUGUUGGUCAUAUUCAUCUGGAUGAGGCGAUGUUAGAGAAACUGAAGAUAAAUAUGAUUGAUGUUUACCAAAAAUGCCAAGAGAAACUUAAUUCCUUUAGUCGGAAGAAAAAACUUUUCUCAUUCUUUAAGAGAACUGAAUUAUUUUUCAGCGAGUCUUGCUCUUCUCCCAAUUAUUCUGCACCUUGUGUAACGUUUGUUUGGCCGGAUGGCAAAGAUUUAGACCACACCACUAAAGUCCUUGCUGACUUGAUCUGCCCCGUUUUGUUAGAUGCAAUAAUCCAAGGAGACCCUCGAAUCAGCUCUGCAAAUAUAAUUUGGGUUAAUCCUGGCACAAACACAUGGGUCCGAAAUCCGUCCAAAACUUCUAAUGGUGAGUUAGCACUGGACGUCAUUCUUGAGAAGGAAGCUGUUAAACAAAGUGGUGAUGCUUGGAGGAUUGUACUCGAUUCCUGCCUUCCUGUUCUUCAUUUGAUUGAUACCAGGCGUUCCGUUCCUUAUGCUAUUAAGCAAAUUCAAGAAUUACUGGGAAUAUCAUGUACUUUUGAUCAAGCAAUUCAGCGUCUUGCGGCAUCAGUAAGAAUGGUGGCAAAAGGUGUUCUCAGAGAACAUCUAAUUCUCUUGGCAAGUAGUAUGACUUGUGGUGGAAAUUUGGUUGGUUUUAAUAUAGGUGGUUAUAAAACACUGGCUCGUCAAUUAAAUAUUCAAGUACCAUUCACCGAUGCAACACUCUUUACUCCUAAAAAAUGCUUUGAAAGAGCUGCUGAGAAACACCAUGCAGACUCUUUGUCAAGUAUUGUUGCCUCCUGUUCCUGGGGUAAACACGUGGCAGUUGGCACAGGAUCAAGAUUUGAUAUUGUAUGGGACCCCAAAGAGACAAAAACUAACGAGAUUGAAGGGAUGGAUGUCUACAAAUUCCUUCACAUGGUCAAAGGCCUUGCCAAUGGGGAGGAAGAAAACAAUGCUUGUUUGGGUGAGGACAUUGAUGAUUUGCCCAAUGAUGAAAAUGUGGACUGGGAUAUGUCCCCACCGCAUACCUCUGGAUUUGAUGCCGUCUUUGAUGAGACUUUUGAACUAGUGAAUGGCUCAGCAUCAAAUGGUUGGGAUUCAAGUAAAGACCAGAUUGAUGAUCAGUUCAAAGCAAACACGAAUGAUUGGUCUGGUUGGGGACAAAAUAAAUCUGAAAUACAAGUUGACGGGGUUGAAAAAAACCAAUGGAGCUCUGGAACUAAUCAAGACUCUUCAAAGUCCAGUGCUUGGGGGGGCGGCAAAAAUCAAGACGACUCUUCAAAGUCUAGUGCUUGGGGGGCUGGCACAAAUCAAAAGGACUCUUCAAAGUCUAGUGCUUGGGGGACCGGCACAAAUCAAGAAGACUCUUCAAAGUCUAGUGCUUGGGGGGCCGGCACAAAUCAAGAAGACUCUUCAAAGUCUAGUGCUUGGGGGGCCGGCACAAAUCAAAAAGACUCUUCAAAGUCCAAUGCUUGGGGGACCUGCACAAAUCAAGAAGACUCUUCAAAGUCUAGUGCUUGGGGGGCCGGCACAAAUCAAGAAGACUCUUCAAAGUCUAGUGCUUGGGGGGCCGGCACAAAUCAAAAGAGUGAUCAGUCUUCUUGGGGUAAUCAAUGGAACUCUGGAACUAAUCAAGACUCUUCAAAGUCCAGUGCUUGGGGGGGCGGCAAAAAUCAAGACGAUUCUUCAAAGUCUAGUGCUUGGGGGGCUGGCCCAAAUCAAAAAGACUCUUCAAAGUCUAAUGCUUGGGGGGCCGGCGCAAAUCAAGAAGACUCUUCAAAGUCCAGUGCUUGGCGGGCCGGCACAAAUCAAGAAGACUCUUCAAAGUCUAGUGCUUGGGGGGCCGGCACAAAUCAAAAGAGUGAUCAGUCUUCUUGGGGUAAAAGUAAAUCAGGAGUACAAGCUGAUGGAGCAGAAAAGGCCAAAUGGGAGUCUGGGAGCUCUCAAAAGUGGAAUGCUGAUGUUAUCCAAGAAGACUCUUCAAAAUCUGGUGCUUGGGGGGCCAACACAAAUCAAAAUCAAAAUAAUGAUCAGUCUUCUUGGGGUAAGAAAAAAUCUGGAAUACAAGAUGAUGGAGAAGAAAAGGCCAAAUGGGAGUCUGGGAACUCCCAAAAGUGGAAAGCUGAUGUUAUCCAAGAAGACUCUUCAAAAUCUGGUUCUUGGGGGACCAACACAAAUCAAAAUAGUGAUCAGUCUUCUUGGGGUAAGAAGAAAUCUGGAGUACAAGACGAUGGAGCAGAAAAGGCCAAAUGGGAAUCUGGGAGCUCUCAAAAGUGGAGAGCUGAUGUUAUCCAAGAAGACUCUUCAAAAUCUGGUGCUUGGGGGGCCAAUACAAAUCAAAAUAGUGACCAGUCUUCUUGGGGUAAAAAGAAGCCGGGAAUACAAGGAGAUGAUGAAUUAGAAAAGUCCAAGUGGGAGUCUGGGAGUUCUCAAAAGUGGAAAGCUGGUGUUGCCCAAGACGAUUCUUCAAAGUCUGGUGCUUGGGGGGCCAAUACAAAUCAAAUCAAUGAUCAGUCCUCUUGGGGGAGAAAUAUAUCUGGAGUGCAAGAUGGUGGAGAUGGAAGGACCCAGGAAGAAGCUGGGGGCAUACAAAAUGACUCGUCAAACUCAGGUGGUUGGAAAUCAUGGGGGAAAAGUAAACCUGAAGACUCUCCAAAGUCUAGUGCUUGGGGUGCAAACAAAGAUGAAACAAAACCCAAGUCGAAUGACAUGUCCUCAUGGGGAAUGAAAAAAGAUGUCAGCUCUUGGGGAAAACCCAAAGAAAACCAACCUUGGAAUUCCAAGAAUGAGUCAAAUCAAGCUGCAAGUUCACGUGGAUGGGACUCGCAAGCUGCUAAUGCUAACUCUGAAAAUGACAGAAGUUUUCAAUGGGGUAAACAAGGAAGAGAGUCAUUUAAGAAAAACCGCUUUGAAGGUUCACAAGGUUGGGGUCCAAAUGCUGGGGACUGGAAAAAUAGGAGUGUCCCUGCCAGACCACCUGGACAAAGGUUUGAAUUAUACUCUUCUGAGGAGCAGGAUGUUCUCAAGGAUAUUGAACCUAUUGUGCAAUCAAUCAGAAGAAUAAUGCAACAGCAAGGGUACAGUGAUGGGGAUCCGCUACCUGCUGAUGACCAAAUAUAUGUGCUUGAGAAUGUCUUUGAACAUCAUCCAGAUAAAGAAACGAAAAUGGGUGGUGGAAUCGAUCAUGUUAUGGUUAGCAGACACAGCGAUUUUCAGGACAGCAGAUGCUUGUAUGUGGUUUUAAAAGAUGGUAAAAAAGAAGACUUUUCGUACCGCAAGUGCCUGGAAAACUUGGUCAGGAAGAAAUAUCCAGACAUCGCUGAAUCUUUCUGCGGCAAGUAUUUCAAAAAACCCCUACCCCGUGUAAAGAGGGACUUGACUCCAAAUCCAGCAGGGGAGCAGCCUGCAACUUCAAACCAAGCAGGGGAGCAGACCUCAAUUCUGACUCCAGCAAGGGAGCCUGCAACUUCAAACCCAGGGGAGCAGAUCUCAGUCCCGACUCCAGCAGGGGAACAGUCUGCAACUCCAAACCCAGCAGGGGAGCAGACUGCUACUCCAGCCGGUGACCUGACCUCAACUUCAAUGCCUAUGGAGACCAAUGAGUAG